CUCACUCUCCUCUCUCUUCUUCAGGGCCCCACAUAUCCUCUUAUCUACUUUCAGGGUUCUUCUUCUGACCUCCAGCUUCCACUUCCCCGCUCUCAUCCUACUGGAUUGACUGCUACACUUCCUUAAUGACGACCCCGACUUUGAUCAACCUGCCCCCGCCGCCGUCGGAUCCUGUGACUCCCUCUGAGAUGGGACCAGGAACUCCGAAUUCCGGCACCACUUCGCUUUCGGCCUUGUCGACCACCGCCAUCAAGGACGGUCACCAAGGCCAGCCGCACCCCUACGGUCGUCAUGCGCAUCACUCUCCGUCCGCAUCCACCACCUCUACCAGUACUCUUGAAGCGGAACGGGCCGAUCGUAUCUCGCGCCUGGCCGGCUUAGAACGAGUGGCCACGGCCCGCGCGGGUGGUACGUCGCAACCCAGCGGCCCUGUGCCCACGCCUCACCACCCCGGGUACUUUGAAAGCGGAUCGGGAAUCAAAGAGCGCAGCACGGUGGGCAGUGCCAGUGCCACGGGCAGUGUGGGCGCCCGUACGACGUGGGCCAGCGGCAGUGAUGCCUUCGACGCGGACAAGAUGAGUGAGUACCCGGAAGACGGCACAUCGAGUGUGGGCAACUUCAGCGAUGAGGGCGAUGCCAGUCUGGUCGCUUUCGGAGAGGGCGCUAGUACUAUCAGCGGGCCCAUCUCGAACCCCAUGCUGAAUCGGACCUCGUCAGGAGGCCGACCAGGAUCCUUCGGCAGUCCAGGGCUGGUGCGCGUCAAUCCCGUGGCCUCGCAGCACUCGGGCGGCGACACGGCAAUGCUGCUAUCCACCGCGUCCCCAACUGGAUCCGUUACUCCCGAGCCUGCCCAGGAUGCUCGGAUGGUGGAUGGAAUGACCUAUGACCCGAAUGUGGUAGACACCACGGUGAGAACCCCUCGCCUGGCCACUCCAGCGGAAGGUGGCAACCCACAUCCGCAGAUCUAGUUGGUUGGUCUGCCAAACACAUGCGACGGGUGCAGGUUUAGUCUAGGGCUUUUUGGCGUUCAGGGAUGGGGGUGUUCAUUUUUGUGGGUGUAUUUGUUUUCCGUAGGGAAGUCUUGUUACCAGCGAUUGGGGAGGGGGGGUGGAUUAUUAAGGAGGAGAAUGUACUUGUAUAGGCUUUGUUUGGCGAUGUUGGGCGACCAGUCCACCUCAGGAAGAAGAAAACGAAAUAGGAUUUGUAGAAUAAGGCUGGCGACCAUUUCCAAGUCUGACUGCCACGAAGGACGAAUGAAUUACCUUU